AACAGUCGCAGGAGCAGAUUGUGGCCACCGGCACUGCACCACCCCACCGCCGCCUCACUUGCCCCUGCACUCACCAGAUCGCACCGUGACGCUACAUUUGCUCCCUGCGCCGAGUAGGAGCGGGAAGAAGCCGUAGUAAAGGGGCGUGUGAGGCUAGGCGGGUCGCACGCGGUGGGUCGGGGGCUAUCGAUCUGGGGGAGUCUGUGGAGAGACUACACCGUGUGAGGACCGCACAGUGGCUCCUGGCUCCUAGUGGCUCGCCCAUCGCCUAGCGUCCAACAUCAGGGGGAACCAUGAACAAGUUUUUCUUCGGCUCCGCUGCCCUCCUGGCCCUGCUGGGACUGUUCGUCAGGGAAGGUCUGGGUCUCCACUGCUGGGCGUGCAACAGCGCCUUCGACCCCCGCUGCGGCGAGACCCACUUCGACUCAAGCACUCUGGACACCGUUGACUGUAACCAGCUGGAACAUGAGCACUUGAACACUGAGCCCAUCUACUGCAGGAAGAUCAUCCAGAGAAUCAAAGAGCAUGUGAGGACUGUGCGAGGCUGCGGGUGGCUGGAGGAGACGAAGGCGAAGCCCGGAGAAUGCUACACCAGGACGGGCACCAAGGACGUCAUGGUUACCUACUGCCACUGUGACUCUGACGAAUGCAACUCCGGUAACUCUGUGCUGGCGUCGCUGGGACUAUCCGCAGUGUUCCUGGCCCUCACACGACUCUUCUAGGCGUGGCAGCGUGAGGUGCCAAGUAUCACCAGCAUCACUACGGCCACUAACUUGAUUAAGUUAGGUGAACAAAACUCAUUGACUCGCCUGUAGUAUCGCUGACGUACGAAACGUAUCCGUUGAAUGAUAAAACAAACGUGGUUGUAACGAUUCGGUAAAUAUGAUUGCGCUGCAUUAACCCUUUCCAGUCCGUAACAGGGAGAAACCAGCGGCUCCAAUGCCUUUUGGAUGACUUUCCAACACUAAGUUUUUCUAUUUUGCUCAUGUCGUCGCAGCCUUAUAUAAUAUAAUAGUGUUGUUCCGUAAAAAGAAAGUAAUAAAAGAUGGUAGUCGUUCAGUAGUGUACGUUGCAAAUCAUCGAUGGUCGAUUCAUUAAAAACAAACUUUCUAACAAGAUUCGUUGGGCGCGACAUGAAACAAAUGCAACAUGGAAGUGGAUCUAUCCACGGUGUUUAUAGAGGGGCGCGGCCCAUUGGAAGGCCGCGGCGGCCGCGAGUGUGGGCCGCACUGAGGGUGAGGCACAGGGCCACCACAUGUACAUGUACGUCUUAUUUUGUUUACCUUCAGUGAAGGUGGGGAGCAUACCUGCCUGCACUCAGUACUACACGUGCAGCAUUGUACACUUUGGACCGCAUGUGAAGUGUGUACGUACGUAUAAGUGUGACGCAGCACUGAUUCAGGACGGGCCACCAGCCUGCCACCCAUGGUGCCUGGGCGCUCCCGGGCUGGCAGGGGUGGGCCCGCGGAUCUCAACGAGUGUCGCGUGGCAUGAAUUACAACCUGCUGUACAGUACAUAUGAACAACCCGGAGCACGAACAUCUGGCUGCUACAAUCCAGCAGUUGGCGUGCUAAGGCGGGUCGCGCGAUGCGCAUCAACACAUGUGGGUUGUAAGACAUUCCCUCAGACAGCUUCGUUUGCGUGGCGACUCGCCGUUUUGAGUAAAUUUUAGGUUGUUCCAAAAUCUGUCAACUGUAUAUAAUUGUGUCACAUUUUCCAAUUCAGAGUGCAUUAUUGUAUUACAGUUUGCAUCAGCAUUUAACUUAUUCUAGUCAACAUCUUCAUUUAUCUUUAGUCAUUUGAUAUCAUAAUUAAAUUACAUACUUGGUUACAUUGAUCUAGUUGGAGAGAGUCGUGCAGGUGUAAUGGUGCCCAUCAUUGCGCCGCGUAUGCAGAUCAACCCAGCGGUGGUCGGGGUGCUGAGGUUGUCUGGGGCUGUCGGUGGUGAGCGAGUCACAACUGAUCUCCUUGGCGGGGGUUAGAAGCCAGUCGAUGUAGGAUUAUGUUCAGCCUCUGCCUUACAUAGACAGUGGAAGAUGUAAGUUUGAUGUAGAGUUCCACACUGCCUUUUGCACCUGUUAAGCAUACUCUGACCCCUUUGUGCAUUUUAUUGUAAACUUUGUUCUUUGAUGCAUUGUGAGAUGAGGGUCUGGCACACUGACUGUUGUCAACGUAGAGGUCAACCAGCAGCCACGCUGGCAUGAUGCGUUAGGCUUGUAUCUCACAAGUAAUGACUGUUUCUGUACAAGCUGAAUGUUACUGGGUGACCAGUACCGCAUACAUAUUGUUCGGGUAGCGGAUAGCUGAGCUGUUUACGAGACUAAUGUUUACCUUUUAUUGACUCAGCAAAAUAAAAUAGUUGUAUGCUUUGGUUAUGACCCAGCACACUGAAUACUUCAUAUUCACAGACGUUUUAGUGCAAAUGAUGAAUAACUUCACAUGUAAGUUAGCAUAAUGUGUACAUAGAUGAGUAGAAUUGAGUCUAUAACUAAUGCUCUUAAGUGGAAUGCUCUGCCUUGUAAAAAGCAAGUUCAAAUCAUGCUUGGUAAGCUAGAAGUCACACCGACUCCACCACAGAGACGUCAUCAGGAUUGGUUGACAUGACGAGACAACCAGCAUCUGGAAGAAGGGUCUCUGUAGCUACAGUUGGCCCCAGACAAUGGCAUCAAGCACCACAUCAACACCUUUCCUCGAUAGUGUUUCGGCUUCUACAAAUAUUAAUAUGUAUUUUUUUCUUAACUGCCUAAAGUUAAUUCAUUUAUAUAUUUUGCGUUAACUGAGGUGUGUUCAUGAAAAGCUAACAAAAAUGCCUUAAUCCUUCACUUAAGGUGUAGUAAAACAGUUUGUAUAUUGUAAAUAUACUCGUUAUUUUCAUGAGCAGAUCUACACAGUAAAACCUCACUAAUUUGAUGUAAUAACAAAGAAUUACCA